AGAAUCCUGAAUUUUUCCUUGUUGACCAGGGGAUGAAUUGGUCCAGUGCUCGGAGGUUCUGCAGGGAAACCUUCGUAGACUUGGUAACUGUGAGGAGCGACACAGAGAACCAGAGGAUCCAGCGCUUGAUGAAUAGUAGUGGCAUGGCUUGGAUUGGUCUGUUUAGAGACCCAGACUUUUACUGGUCUGACGGGAGCAGCUUCCUCUUCAAAAACUGGGAAGAUGUGGGACAUUCACUCCAUAACUUGAGAGUCAUUUGUGGUGUUACAUCUUCAAGCAGUUCAGGAAGAUGGAGUUUUCGGUCCUGUGACGAAAAAAAGCCAUUUAUCUGCUACAAUUAUACCAAACAAAGACAGGUGGUGAAGCUGAGACUGAAGGUGCAGGACUCUGUGGACCUGAAGGACCCGGCGGUGAGAGCAGAACUCCUGAAACAGCUCCAGGACAGACUGCAGGACGGCGGGGCGGGUGCAGUCACCCUGAAGUGGAGAGAGCAGCCGGACGGACAAGUCUUCCACAAGGAGGAGGAGAGAAAGAAGAGAAAGAAGAGAAAGAAGAGAAAGAAGAGAAAGAAGAGCGAGUUGUGACAUAGAAACGCAGCUAAAGUCUGCUAAAGUCUACAGGACUUUAAACUGCAGCUAUAAAACACAAUCAUUAGCUGUAACAUGGAAAUGUUUAGUCUUUCAUCUUUAAUCUUACUGUGUUUUAAAUGGACAACUGGAUCAACACACAAGUUUCAUUGUAUAAAUAUUGUGUAAUUGUAUGCAGAGGUGUCAAGUAACAAAGUACAAAUACUUCGUUACCUUACUUAAGUAGAAAUUUUGGUUAUCUAUACUUCACUGGAGUAAUUAUUUUUCAGACGACUUUUUACUUUUACUCCUUACAUUUUCACGCAAUUAUCUGUACUUUUUACUCCUUACAUUUUAAAAACAGCCUCGUUACUCUAUUUCAUUUGUCCUUUAA